AUGGCAGACUCAACUAUAGCCAGACCACGACCCCGCCCACGACCCGUCGCAAAGGCGUCUUCUAGCACAAAUGUUGUACCGUCUGCAACACCGGCGACUUCAGGAGCAGGAUCGAGCACCAAUGCGAUAACAGCACCUAUGGGACGCGUGAUUGUGGUUGAAGACACGGACGAGAUGUUUAUGCGGAAUCGAAAUCGUACAGCGAAGACCUGGCAAAAGCUCGAACAAUUGAACAAAGAAGUGAUCAAGGUCAAGGAUGACACGACCGACAGUGAUGAUGAGGAAGGUUCCCCUCGACGAAAGCACAAGAAGCAGAAGAGAGAGCCCAGCGCCGUACCUCAGUGGCAGAAGAACAAGAAUAUCGCUCGGAUGCUUUCGCAAGACCUUUCCGAAUCAUCAGAUGAUGAAGUAGAAAUCACUGGAGAGUCAUCCACGCCGAACGGGAAACGGUUCGGGAAACGGAAACGCCGCAGCCGCUCACGUUCAAUUACACCGCCACCUGCCCUCCCUCAGCACCAAAUACAGUCCGCCAAGGACCUUGUCAGGAAAACUCUUCAAGCUGCUGCUCGCCCUUCAUCUCCUACAGUAAUCGACCUCGACCCGGACGAGUCGACAGACACCAUCAUCUUACAGCCAGAGCUAAAUGCUUUGGCUCAGGAGAUCGCCGAACAAGCACGUCGUGGAAGCAGUCAAGCACCUGAGGUCACUUCAGGAGAUGAGGUUGUCAUUACUGUCAGAUGGCAACCACAUCCGCUGGACACGAACGGGAAGAAGGAGGAAUGGAAAUACCAAAUGGAAAGGACGGACAAUUUUCGCGAUUUGUUCGAGGCGACCGCAGAGGAUUCGGGCAUCCUGAGUGCUAAUCUCAUCAUGACUUAUCAAAGAAGUCGUAUCUUCCCAUCCGUCACUCCUCAAACACUGAGGAUAUGGGCUGACUCUGCUGAAUUUAUGGCAUAUGAGAAGACGGCCUUUGAUUACAUACAACGGAGUAAUAUUCACAUUCGACCGCAGAACAUCGAUUCAAUACCGUCAACCAGCAAUGACACUGUCGAGAUCACGUCAGACUCCGAUUCAGAUGUCCAAGAACUACCCGCCCACAGCCAGCUCACCCAAGCCGUUCAAUCGCAACAAGAGUCUGAAUCCGAGGCAGAAGAAGCGGACCAAGGCGAGAAGUUCAAACUAAUCUUGCGUUCUGGGGUUACGAGCGGUAAAGACAUCACUCUCGUUGUACGCCCAACCACCAAGUGUGGUGCUAUCGUCAAGGCUUUUUUGAAGAAGGCCGGGAUGACAGAGCAAUACCCUGAAGUCUUCACCGACGCUGUCGUGCCUGCGUCAGCUGCAACGGCGAAGGGCAAGAAAGGUGGAAAGAAGAGCAAGGCAGCUGCAGCCACCGCAAUCUUGCCACCCAAAGAUCCUAGAUUAUGCAUCGAUGGCGACAAGAUCAACAACGAUAUGGAGAUCGGAGAUGCAGAUCUGGAGGAUGGAGACAUGGUCGAGGUUGUUGGACUCUGA